GGUAUGAAUUCUCUCGAUUGGCUCACGUAAAAGCGAGUCACGUUCGCCGUGGCUGCAAUCAGCUGACGAGAUGUCAAAUUUCGCGGAACAAAAACUUUGCUACUGAGCUAAUGUGAAAAUACACAGAAAAUUUUCUUUAGAUGUAAAAUAUUCCAAAGUGUUUUAUGGUGCGUAACGAAUGACAGACAAUAUAAACUAUAGGUUGUGUGAAUACAAAGAUUAUACAAGAAACUGUUUGCUCGUGAGGUUAUGGAUGUACCUAAGCUUUGAGCAACACAGAAAUAAAUUAGCUCACAGAUAUUGUAACAUUAUUCGAUGAAUUUUCCAAAUCCUAAAUGUUGCUAUGGUGAAGGUAUUACAAAUGAUGGGAUGAUGAAUUGCUGAUCAAUAUAUCAUUCACUAUUUUGCAAACCCUAACAAUUAUGUCAAGGCCAACAAUCUCGGCACAAUGUGACUCUGUUGCAUCUUAUAUGGAUGGAGUUCAUGUGAAAAUCGCAGAGGCAUACAAACCACCUCGGAAAAUCGCCUUGCCAGUGGCUUAUAACAAUAAAUUACCCGAUGUUUCAAAGUACACGUAUGACUUCAGCUUAGAGAAAGUGGUCAUUGACAAGAUGACAGAAUGGCGCAAAGCCAGAACAGUGAUGAACGAAGCUCGCUUAGCUCGUUUAAUCGAAAAAAAGAAAAAGGAAAAUGAAGAAACGCCACCUCUACCUGCUCAGUCAGACCCGGUGAACCAAUCAAGUGUUAAGGUAGCUCCAGCUCCCGAAACAACGAUACUCACACCGCAACCUCUAUCUCCACCACCCAAUGAACUACUACAAUACAUAACAACAUCCAAUGGAUUAGACCUUGCUGACUUUGACAAUGAUACAAGCAGUCCAUUUGAUAACAUGGAAUUAAAGACAAUAAACGACAUGGAAGAAUUAGCACAGGUCCUGCAACCAUCGUCCAGGUGGGUUACACCUCCUAUCAAACUUGAAAGCAUCUUGACAGAACUUACAUUAGAUCCUGUGGAUCAAAGUGAAGGAAAUAAGGAACACAAGAAGAGUGAAGCUGAUGAAAACACAGAAAACGAUAAACACACUAAUUCUAAUCAUCCUAGCAUCCCUACCAUAGUACAAGAACUUCAGAGAGAACUUGCCAGGCCAAUUAUGGAGAAUUGGAAGCCUUGGCCGGAUCUCGAGAGUCCAAAUUGUGACACGGAUCCCUCUUCAUCAAAAUUCAGUACUUCCCCAAGCUCAACUCAUUCCGGAUUAUCAAAUCCAUUGCCAGAUCUUUCAGAGGAUGAUCAAAAGUUAGCAAAACACCUCAGUGACAUGGGAUUCCCAUUAGCAAGGGCAGCGAGAGCAAUUCGAGACCUCGGUGGUCAUGACAAUAAAAAAGUGGUUGAGUAUCUUUUAGCAAUUCAGUCUUUAGAAGAAUUUGGUAUACCAGGUGACGACGCAGAGAAAGUAUUAGCUUUGACAGAGUAUGAUCAAGAAAAAGCAAAACUUUACUAUCAAAAUUUGCGCACAUUAAGGGACCUUGGAUUUCCAGAGGAUCAGGCAUCCUCCGCAUUGCUUAGGUGCAAUAUUGACAGGGACCAAGCGCUCGACUUUUUAAUUGCUUAGCUUGGCUUGUUUGAUUAUUGUUCAAACAGAAAUUUGCCUUUGGAACUGACUGAGAUAACUUAAAAUGUAAAUAUUACAACUGAGAAUGUAUCGAGCAAUUGGUUAGGCACAAAUUCCAAUUAUGCCAAUUGAGCUGUAUCGGUUGCCUGUCUAUACAACGGAGCUAAAACUAGGUAAAUACCUAUUUUUCUAUGGUUAACUUUCCAAGAUUCCACAAACAGAAAUGAAAGAUAUUAAUUACUACCUAACUCAUGGUGGAAUAACUGCCUCACUCGUAAUAGAUUUUUGCCAGUAUAACAAUGGCCUACAGAACCACGUACGCCAUAUUUGAUAAAUACCGAAAUACCGAACACUGUCAAUAUGAGCUCACUUGGUUAAUUUUAUAGUCAGUAGUAUAAUUGACAUUUAUCGCGACAAGAUAUAUCAAAACACUUAAUAUUGUUCCAAUAUCUAAGCUUGAAAUAUAAUCUUCAUUAAUCUGUUUGCACUUCUGAAAUUCUUGUACAUAAUAAAUCGCUUAAAAUAUU